UUUAAGUUAACUAUAAUAAGAGUAAUAAUAAAAUCUAUCUAUCCUUAUAUUCUUAUUACCUCUAGUCCUACUAUCUCUUACUUCUCUACUAUCUCUAGGAUAGUUAUAAUAUUAUGGAUGGCUGCUAUUCUAAGGCGUUCUACUAUCUCUUAG